CCGAUCAGAAACCUAUUGUGCACGAUGUGACAGAAGAGUGCUCAUUCUGCACAUUCUCCCCACCUUGGUCAAGCAGUGUUUCUCUUUUGCUCGAUCAUUAUACCAUUAUGUCGCUUUCCAUCCAUAUUUCCUUUUGCACAGCUACCUGAAUGCACACCCAAGAUACUAGAGACGUUGCUCACACCAACCUGGACAUUACUGUGAAACACUGGAGGUCGAUGAAUCAGGCGCUGACAAUAACCAGUAGCAUCGCGCUAUUUUUCUCUGUGCUGGCCAUUGCCUCAUUCUUUGUUCUCCUUGCCAACAACGCAUACCGUAUGAGCCUGCCGCUUUUGAAGCUGACCACAUCGAUCCAGACAGUGAAUAUGCUGGCCCUGAUAAUCACAUUGUGCCAAGGAGAAAUCCACAUCCGUGCCGAGCUCUUGUGCAGCUGCUUGCGCUAUAUCCAAUUCAUCUGCUACCUUAGCUCAAUUUUUAUGUCGUGCUCUGCUACCGUCCACCUCUGGCUCGUAAUCACCCGCCGCAACUUGAAGAAAGCAGCUCAGUGCGAGCGGUGGUACUUUGUCGUACCGUUUGCCCUAGCCUUCACACUGUCGGCCAUCCUAGCUGCCCUGCCGAAUACCGCAUACGGUAUAAGGAACCGGUGCUUAGGAGCAGCAAUCCCAUCAAAGAAAUAUCUGAUAAUCCGGUGGUGUCUGUACUACGGGUGGUUCGUUAUCUCGUCGGCCAUUGCAAUCUGUUGUAUGAUUAGCGUCUUGAUCUCCGCGCGGAGGCUGACGAGGACAACGCCGCCGAGCGACGUCAGAGCGUUCCUUACUACCGAGGACUACCGAGAUGCUGUAAACUCGCGCGCCAACAGCAAGCGCCUACGAUCGCUGGUGGCAUACACGAUUACUUACCCUGUAAUUGUCGUGGUAUGCAACAUGCCGCAGCUCAUACAUGAGCUUUUGUCAACGGUUCUGAAGCGGCCAAUGGAGGGCUUAUACAUUGCUGCGAUGGUGCUUUUGUAUAGCCAGGGAUUUUUCCUGUCACUCGCGUUCUUUUCGUAUCCAGCCGUGCGACAUUCAGCGAGAGAGAUGAUACAUGCAGCCGUGCAGUACUGGGUGAUCGAGCAGGAGGAGUUCUGGCGGAUGCAACACCAUGAUGCUGGGGAGCGCAAUAUACGGCAGCAGGAGAUUGGCGAUUUCCCAACGGAUAAGCGGGAUGCAAACAACUUUACGUCCAUGCGUGGACGCCUAUACCACUUCAUUCUGUGCCUCACCCCUGAAGGACGGCUGGCUCGGGCCCAGUAGAUACCUUCCGCUCAAAAGCAGGUUAUACUGGUCCGCACCUGGU